UCUUCAUUAGCUGCCUACACACUUAACAUUUGUUGCCUUCCAAUCUACCUCUGAAAUUUUCUUUCUCACUCUCAAAAUGAAGCUUUCGAUGCGUUUGAUCUCAGCUGUUCUCCUCUUGUUCAUGAUAUUCGUUGCUACAGGGAUGGGUCCAGUAUCAGUGGAGGCACGCACAUGUGAGUCACAGAGCCAUAGGUUCAAGGGUCCAUGCGUGAGCGACAAUAACUGCGCAAACGUGUGCCACAACGAAGGUUUUGGCGGAGGCAAAUGCCGUGGACUUCGUCGUCGGUGCUUCUGCACCAGACAUUGCUGAUUCAUUGAACCUCAUAAAUCAUCAAAAUCAUCGAUCCAUUGUCUUGUGUUUUCUUCUUUCUUAUCUAAAUCUUCAGUAAAGUACCAUGUCGUACGGUACGCGUGUGUUUGUCUUUAGGUUGUUCUCGAAUAAGUCUUUUGUGUCUUUACAGUUUUAAGGUAAUGUUAUAUUCUAAAUGAUGGUAACUGGGGAUUUGAUAAUAUAAACAUGACUAAAGUUAAAA